AUGUCGAGGGACGAGCCGUUUCACAGCCUUUUCACAGCGACGGACAGUAUCGACGGUAUCUGGCCCUUCCUGCAAAGCAUCGAUUGGAGGGAUCCAUGGCUAGCUGCGCUAUUGACUUUUCAUAUUGCCGUCACAAUGACCGCGUUAAUGACAAGGAACCACGCGAAUUUUCAGAUAAUCCUGUUUCUCGUGCUCUUACUUCUGGUUUAUUUCUCAGAAAGUAUUAACGAGGUUGCAGCAACAAACUGGAUGGUAUUUUCUAGACAACAGUACUUCGACUCACAAGGCUGGUUUAUAUCCAUCGUUUUCUCCGUGCCCAUUUUAAUGAAUUGCAUGAUCAUGGUGGCCAGUUGGCUUUAUCAAUCCAGUCAAUUAAUGACGAGCCUGAAGCGAGCUCAAUUGCGGCAGCAAGCCAUAAAUCGCCAAACAAACGGUGAGGCGACGAACGAAAGAACGGUUGUCCGACCUCGCCAAUCGGACGGUGAGGCGACAAAUGUAAGAACAGCUGCCCGACCUCGCCAGUCGGACGGCGAGGCAACGAAUGAGGUAACGGCUGCCCGAUUGAAACACGAAUGAAGAUCCAAAGAUCUAGUCAUAACACGCGGCGGAACGAGAGUGCAAGACAUAUGUGCUAUUUAAUUUAAGGACAAGAGAGAAUUAUAUUUACAUCGACUUACAGCUAGAUUUCACAGAGCGCUGUGUAUUCUUAGCCAUUGUCGACUUGGUAAUCGUUCUGAACUCGACCGUGAAACGCCGAUUAGCCAGUUUGAUAUUACACGCGAAAACUUGCGCAACAGAAAAGGGAGGGGAAAUAAAUAGAACAAUACAUCGGUACAAUCGGAAUGAUAAUGCACGAGUUGCCUAGUCAAACUCUCCGUUAGAAUGUACCUCUCGACAUCGUGCCGUAUUACACAACGAUUUUAUGGAAUUAACCAUUUCAUAUGCGAAACGCAACUGGAUUGAUGACAGAUAAUCGGCCAUGCUACGAACAAUAACUACGCAGAAGGAGCAUGGCAAUGCGGCAAGCCACGUGCUUGUUCUUGUCUUAUCAUUUAAGGCCGACUUUGAUCAAAAAAUGUAGUCGUAGCUAUCUUUCUUUAGCAACUGUAACCUUUAAUUUUUCUUUUAACGUGCAGCGAAAAUAGAAAAAAAAGUUAACGAUUCUGCUUAAUUGAGCUAAAAAAAAAUUUAAUAUAUUCAUCAUAUCGCCGGAGGCAAUUAAUCGGAGCUUGGUCAAGGUCGCCCAUAAAGAACAUUCCACUAGUUUAUUCACAUUGUUUUGAUAUUCAGACACUGAUCGUGAAAAUCAAAGUGUUCUUAAUAUGUGUAAUUAACGUACUUAUUAUAAAAUAGCGCAAGCACGUUACUUUCACUGUAAUAGCUCCGCUGUAAAGAGACAUAAUGUAUUAAUUAAGGACUUAGAUAACACAAUAACAUCUGUGUGAGUGUGUGUGUGUAUGCGCGAGGGAAUUUUGCGUGAGUUUUGCAAGUGCAGGUAAGCCUUCCACGACUACGAGUCGUGCUUCACGAUUUUGACGAAGGAACAUAGGAUAUCCCAGGAUGUGGUGUGUUGUAUUGUUUUCAAUUGUAUAUUGUAUAUUGAUGUAAAUCAAAGCGCAUUACUUUGCCGCCUUUAUAUUUAAUAUAACGCGUUUAAUCGUUUUAAGAUAAUAAAAGAGUA